AUGUUUCAGAUUAUUUUACGUAGAUUUGAAUUUGGUGGUACUCGAAAGGAAACGUUUUUGUACACUUUCCACCACUUCGAACGCAUCUGAAGCAGUAUUUUGGACGAAAAAAAAAAAACAUUUCUUUCUUUUCAAAUUCCAGUUUUGCAGUGCCUAACAAAAAGUGAAUAUUUGUCAUCAUCGUAUAUCGACGAUUGUUGCUGCGGGCUGGUCAAUAACUACUUCUAUACAAUUCUUCAUUACGAUUAUAUCCUUGAGCUGCUAAGGAAUUCAUACCUGUAGAUAGUGAUAUCGCUGUUAGUGAUAACAGCAGCAGUCGUAGUAGUGGUAGUAAUAACACCACGGAUUUGAGCAUCCAGAAAACUGGAGUAUGCCAGCAACAUCCGAGGCAAUCCCUAUUCGAGUUCCUAUUGGAACACAACGUGGUGAAGACGGUUUUAUCCCGUGUGGUGUAAUUGAUAACGACACACUUGAGUCUGUUGAAGAUCCACCGUAUUUUUUGGAUAUGUCGCAUUGUUCACAAAGUGUAGAAGAUGAUAAUGGCCCAUCGGCUGCAACGAUCUUCGCUCAGCAUGCUAAAAUGUCAGAAACACUUCCGGUUGGUGCUGUUCCUGGAGAAUUACUGGAAUCAACUAUGGAUACCGGUUCCGGUACUGUUUACAUAACCAAUUAUCGAAUUGUAAUACUGGAUCGUGUAAAAAACGCUCUGGCAAUUAUUCCACUUUUGAGUGUUGAUACAGUUGAAUUCUGGUCUGGCGAUCCAUAUGGAAUACAGAUUGCAUGCAAAUUUGGCCGAAUAUGCAGGUUGAGGUGUGCAAGCGAGGUGCAAGUGGAACUGCAUAAAAGAUUGCAAAAAGCGACUUAUAAUAUUGCUACAAACGAUGUUUUUGCAUGGCAGUUUGCCAAAGCUGCAAAGGCUCAACUCCCUGGUUGGCUUAAAUUUCGCAAAGAAACAGCUGAUUCUGAGUGCUCAGCACAAAAAGAAUUCCUGCGGCUCAAUUACAAUCCUCGUUCUUGGAGAGUUUCAGAAGCUAAUGCUGAUUAUUCACUAUGUGCAACAUAUCCGAAGUCAGUUAUAGUUCCAAAUGAUAUAACGGAUGAUGAAUUGCGUCGAGCGUGUGCUGCUCGGAAUAAUGCUCGAUUUCCGGCUGCGGUUUGGUGUUGCGCCAAAAAUGAAUCCGUCUUAUUACGCAGCAGUCAACCAUGUUGUGGUAUUUUCAACUAUCGAUUUCCAUUAGAUGAAAAGCUGUUGGAAUGUGCUAGAAAAGCUGUUAAUGGAAUUGCAGGACCGUCGUCUCGAAAGUUGUUAAUAGUGGACUGUCGUUCAUAUACUGCAGCCCUUGCAAAUCGAGUGGUAAAAGGUGGUGGAGCCGAGUCAGAAGAGUAUUAUCAGCAAACGGAGGUCAUCUUUUGUGGAUUAGCUAAUAUCCACGAAAUCCGAAGUAGUUUUCAUAAGCUGAGAACUGUCCUUGCUGGUCCUCAAGAUCACAACACUACCCUUCAAUCAAUUCAGUCCACUUUUUGGCUGCAGUACCUUAUAAGUCUCAUUGAUACCGCACAGAAAUGCGUAAAAGCACUUGUCGAUGAUGGACGAUCAGUUCUGGUUCAUUGCACAGAUGGUUGGGAUCGAACGACGCAAAUUGUCACACUUACGAAAAUAAUUGCUGAUCCAUAUUAUAGGACUUUUGAGGGUUUCAAAGUAUUGGUUUGUCGUGACUGGAUUGGUUUCGGACACAAAUUUGCUGAUCGCACAGGUACGCGUAGUAGCGUCAGUGGGGAAUCAUCACCAGUCUUUUUGCAAUGGCUUGACUGUGUUCACCAGUUACAUCAGUUGUUUCCAGAUGCCUUUCAGUUCACUUUAAGUUAUUUGACAAAAUUAGCUGUUCAUUGUUAUUCCGGAUUAUUUGGGACAUUCCUUUGGAACAGUCAAUCUGAGCGAGAAAACUGGAAUAAAGAUACGGAAGAUGCAGAAACACUUUCGCUUUGGACGUUUUUGGAUGAAUCCAAGCCGGAAUAUGGUAAUGUUAUUUAUAGUCCUGGGAAAAGCAAUCAACGACUCCAUACAUCUUUACAUAUUGAGGAUCUUCAUAUCUGGAAGCAACUUUAUAUUGGACCUGCUAUCGAAAGAUUGAUUAAUGAACAGACACUGUCAAACUCAGGAAUGGGUGCAAGUCAACAUAGUGAAGUCGAUCGUAUCAGUUUGAAUAGAGCCCAUUCUGCGGAAAGUCUUUCCAAUACGGAUACUGGUGUAUGCCAGGGAUCAUCAAAUACAUCUUUUGCUGGAAAUACACAUGCUCAAUUUCACAACAGCAAUAUUCGAACAUCAGUUUCAAGUGAAACGGAUUAUGCACGACCCGACGAAAAUGAUUUAUCGUUCGCAUUAUAUCGUGAAAGAGAUCGCAGUACUAUCGCUAGGGAAGUAGAUUGCGAUGGUUUGACGAAAGUUUUAGAAAUACGCGAAGAAAGGACCCGUGAGAAAUUCGAAAAGUUACAGGAGUGUAUUGAUAUAUUGCAAGAAAAACUUGGACAAUUGAAAAAGGAAGAAAUGCAGAAAUUCGGUGAGAGCAAUAGUGCAUCGUGUUCUGUGGAGUCAGAUCUUUCAAAUAUGUCGGUUGUUGAAAAAGACGAUGUUGCGGAUAUUUCAUACGGUUCGAAAGGGUGGUUAAUGGAUGAUGCCUCACAAAAAUGCAUGAGUUGCCAGGGAACCUUCUACUACCUAAGCAAUCGAAGACAUCAUUGCAGGAAUUGUGGAGGAAUAUUUUGUUCUUCGUGUUCGAAACGUACUUUUUUUCGAGUAUACGAAAAUAAAGGUGGGAAUGUGCGCGUGUGCAACAGGUGCUACGAGUUAAUGAUAAAAGCACGAUCAAGUCAGUUUUAUGCAGUACCAUCAGAGACACCAACAACAUCAUUGACUUCCAAGAGAAAUGGCGUUUUAAUGACGAAAAACCCAUCAGAAACUGCCGUGAAUGGUGGUAGCGUUAGCUCAGCGAUCUUUGGAUGAAAUUUGCUUCGGAAAGUAUGUCUCAAGUGUAUCUAGGAAAGAGACGAUCAGUGCGACGAACUAUGCAACGAGAACGAGGGUCAGAUGGUAAAGACACUGCUUCGUAUACAUCCCCUAAACGUUCCAGCCUCAGGUGUGAAAUCCAGAAGUUAGUUCGGGGCGGCACAUUUAUCAUACUAACAGUUCAGUAUUUCAUCCAUCUUUUACCUUCAAGAGAUACCGAAAAGUGUUUCUGUUUAUAUCUCUCUGCUAAGAGCCAUAAGAUCCAUUCUGUACGAUUUUGUAAGUCUGAUUAUUGUGACUUCUUGAUUCCUUCGUAAUUCACGUGCAAAAAGUUCAUUGUAUAAUGUUUUCAUGGGAUAAAUGAUGAGACCAGAAGAAUUUCAUCUGAUUAACUCUAGCACUUUCUGAUUUUUGCUUGUGAUGUCUGCGACAACUAUGGUAUCGCCAUUUUUUUCUUGUUUUCCUGUUUUUUUUUCUUUUUUUGCUCGGGAUUUGAAAUCAUUUGGAUGUGAAAAUAAUCGUUCGGGCAUUCUUUAAUUGUUUUUUUUUUGGAUAAUUAAUUUUUUUGAAUGUUUUUAUUGUUACGUGCAGUGCUCAAAUUCAUCGUUUGUUUGUUGUUUAGUUCGUCGUUGGAUUUCAAUUUUUCUUUCAGAUCUUCGAAGGAUAUUCUAUAACAAAAGAUUUGAGCCGAAGAUCUCGCUGCGAAUUGUUUUAGUUGGCUUUCUAAUUAAUUGUUCCUUUCCCUAUGUUUUAUUUCCAAAUUAUUCACACCAUUUUUCGGUGUUAUUUAUUAAAAGUAAAGGGAAAUAUCACUCAUUUUACUCUUUAUUUCUAUUCAUUGUUUGGCG